GUUGCCACUUGACCGCCAGACUCUCUCGGUGACGCUAUCUGGGGGUAACGCAUCAACCCCGCCUCUUAUCCGUGUGCUCUGUUCGGACGAUGGCAGGCAUCUCGGCAGACAAUGUGCCUUUUCGGGUAUGGACGCGGCGGGACUUCAUCAACGCACGCACAGCUGGUUGCACUCAUCGCUUCAUAUUCUGCCUGCUGCUGACAACACUCAUCUUGCCGCCCGCCUGCUCAGCCACUACAGCUUCCACCCGGCACACCACGGGUGUCAAUGCUUUUGCUGUCUCUCCCUCGCGGCCCACAGCUGCUGUAAGUCGCGAUGCGCGCGGCGGCGACAGCAGCAGCAGAGCGAUAAGAGGCAGCAGCAGCACCUUCGUCCGCUCAGCAACCUUGACGUCGACACCAACGGGCAGGUGGCGGCGGCGGCGGCGGCGAGCGCGGCCCGUGUUCUCUCUGUCCGUGUCUCCCCCGAAGCGACGACCUACGCACGACAGCAGUCCGGAGAGCGAGGAAGCACUCCCGGAGCUCAACCAGGACGAGGUGCGGCGGUACUCUCGCCACCUGAUACUGCCCGAUGUCGGGGUCAAGGGCCAGCGGCGCCUGAAGGCUAGCUCGGUCCUCGCCGUAGGCACGGGGGGGCUGGGGUCGCCGGCGCUGCUGUACCUGGCUGCGGCCGGCGUGGGCCGGCUCGGGAUCGUGGACGAUGACGUGGUGGACGAGUCGAAUCUUCAACGGCAGGUGAUCCACGGGACCGCCACCCUUGGGAAGCCGAAGGUGGACUCGGCGAGAGACCGCAUGCUGGACGUGAAUCCACACAUCAAGGUGGAAACUUUCCACGAACAGCUCACCAGCGAAAACGCCCUUCGAAUAUGCGACGGCUACGAUGUGGUGUUGGACGGGAGCGACAAUUUUCCUACCAAGUACCUUGUGAACGACGCGUGUGAGAUCCUGGGAAUCCCUAACGUGUACGGGGCCAUCUUAGGCUUCGAGGGUCAGAUGUCGGUUUUCACCUACAAGGGCGGACCGACCUACCGAGAUCUCCUGCCGACACCGCCACCACCGGGACUGGUGCCUUCGUGCGCCGAGGGGGGCGUGCUAGGGAUUCUCCCCGGGGUCGUGGGCUGCAUACAGGCGACGGAAGUUAUAAAGAUCUUGCUGGGCAAAGGAGACGUGCUUUCUGGUCGGCUGCUCGUGUACGACGCCCUCAAGAUGUCCUUCAAGGAGUCUGACCUACGAAAAACACCCGGGCGGCCGGCGGUGACCUCCCUGGUGGACUACCAAGGCUUCUGCGGCUUCUCGGCGGCAACGACAACGUCAACUUCGGCGGCGACACCUGCGGCCCCAGAAGAGGAGGAGGAGGCGGAGGCGGAAGAGGGGUUUCAGCGAGUCUCGCCGAAGGAAGUUGUGGCGAGGAUGCAAGGGGGCUGGGCGCCGUUCGUGCUAGACGUUAGGCUGCCCCAGGAGGCGGAGAUCGCGAGCCUGCCGUUCGUGGACCUCGUGUGCCCGCACCGCAAGGUGGCCACUAUCCUCGACGAGCUUCCCUCCGAGGGCGACUUGCUGGUACACUGCAAGGUGGGCGGUAGAAGCUCCAAGGCCUGCGCGACGUUGAGCGAGCACGGCGUUUCCUCUUCUCGCUUGUUCAACAUGGACGGUGGGAUCAUUCGAUGGGCGAAGGAAGUGGACAGCAGCUUGGCGGUGUAUUGAAUUUUGUGGGUGUGAGGGGGGGGGCUAGCACUCACUCACUCCCGCUGCAAUCCACCAGUGCUUUGGGGUGUUGCGGUUGCUUGCGUGAGUAUGGUGUGUUUCCUUUUUUUUCUGAUGGGGGAGAAAGGUUUGGGUGAGUUGGAGAUCGUGAGACGAAACCGGAUCUCGCCUAAAUUGAAGAUCGAUCUGUUUUCGGCUUCUUGUAAUGUGGCGGAAUCUCAUCUCUCUCAUUUUGUCCUGCUUGGCCUGUUGUUCAUGCUCUAGAAGUAGGUACGGGGCUGGCUUGUCGGAUCUGCAGAUGAUAGAGAAAAGGGGACCUUUAGGGUGUGAUGAUGCCGUGCGUCUGGGUAUCUCACGGUCUGAGUUGUCGGUCUGGCCUGCAUGGUGGUACGAUCGCGAGAAGAUAUCUUUAAUUUGGCGAUAGGGAGCAGAGCAGCCGGGGGGGGUGUUCUCUCGCGAAGCGUGUUCGGCAUGAUGAGAGGUGGAACCUACGCCGCUAGACGGCUCCUCAAGUAAUACGGAGUAUUUGGCCCAGACAGGAGCAGCAGCAGCA